GGAAGUGACGCGGCUCUCGGCCCGGACGCGACGCGGCGCUUCCGGCCGCGCCCGAAGCAGAAGCAGCGACGAGAGCGGAGACGGCGGCGGCGGCAGCAGCAGCGGGAUGGCGGCCAUGGACGCGAGCGUGGACCAGGCGCACUUGCCGAAGGUGGAGGAAGUAAAGAAAGAAUUCUCUGUGCUGGAGGAUGGAGUACUUGCUCACCAUCUACAAAAGCAGGAGAUUGAGGAUCACUACGCCUCCAACGUGGUGAAGAGCCGCCUCGCGGCGGGCGACGUGCGUUUGGCGCGUCAGCUGCAGGAAGCGGAAGCGCAGCGGCAACGUCUAAAUCGGCUGACGAUCGAGGAGCGAGAUGCUCACGUUGCCAUGGAGCUACAGCAGCAGGAAGAGCGGGCGCGCGAGGAGGAGCGUCGGGAGCGAGAGCGGCAGGAUGCGAGGGUAGCGCGCAGGCUGCAGGAGGGGGAGCGUAGAGGUCGCCACGCAGACUCGGCCGCGCAUCCAUCCCCAGUACGAGACCAAGUGGGCUAUGUGGAAGAGGGGGUGGUGACUGAGGAGAUUGAGCUUGACGAUGCGGAGCUGGCAAGGAGACUGCAGCAGCAGGAGGAGCAGAGGGCAUGGAAGGCUCACCGGGCAGCCGAUGCGGGGCUCAGGGCUGCAGUAUUGGCUCAGGAUGAGGAAAUCGCCAAGUUUAUCCAAGAGAAGGAACUAAAGAGUCUCAAACAGAAAGAGAAGACAUCGGUGAGGGCGAGAGAGAAAGGAGAGAUGGAGAAAGAGAGACACAGAGACCCAAGAAAGGAGAGCGAGUGGGUGCGGGAGAGGGAAGCGGGGAGGGAGAGACAAGAGUGGGAACGAGAGAAGGAGGAGCGAGCAAGGGGGGAGAGACACGGUGACCCGCGUAAAGAGAUCGAAUGGCAAAGGGAGAGAGAGGCGAGGAAGGAGAUUGACACUGGUGAGAGGAGAGAGCAGGAGAGGCUGAGAGACAGACACAGGGAUCUGAGUAAGGAGAGUGAUCAUGAGAGACAUAUGGAGGCACGGGGAUAUAGGGAGGGGGGGAGAGAGAUGCACGGGGAGAGAACCCCGGUAAGGGAGAGGAGAGAGCCUGUGUCUGUGAGGACUGCUGAUGAGAGAAGCGGUGGCGAUUCCCAGAGAAGACCGCCAAGGCCGCCUCCACCAAAGAACAUUGCGGAGGAGCUGGACCCGACAUUUGAUAAGCGACCAAUGAAGAGGCCGCCCCGCCCUGCCGCGCCCCCCUCGCACGACCGAACACAAGGCCAUCCUAUUGGCAGCCCACCCGCACACACAGCCAGCGAUGAACAUCACGUCAACCGGAGCUGGUCGAGAGAUGACACUCACGGGAGCCAGCCGGUGGAACCAGAAGGGGCAGCUGCCUGGGAUGCAAGAGAUCAAGGGCCGAGGUGGGAGAGAGGAGGGAGAGUGCUGACAGGAGAGGGUGAAGACCGAAGUCGGAGCAAGAAAGAAAACUGCAAGCAGCAGUGAGAGGCCUCCGAGUUUCCCACGCUCAGCAAAGUGAACACCAUAGUGCUCAGCUUUACCAGCAGUAUUACUCGUGUGCAUAGUGUGUGUGUGAUCAACAACGUCUUGUUUAUAUUUCUAGUGAAUGUUCUGUGCAGCAAGUGCAUUGAACCAUCGCGAGCUGUGCCACAAUUGGUCGCACCGUCCCUCGUGCCGGCGCUUGAUUGGCACGGCAGUGUUACGUGUUCUGUGUUCAGUGGACCACACCUUUGCCAGUGUGUAAGUGUGGCGUGCGCGCAUUUGACCAGCAUUCCCAUUGUGUGGACACCCGCACAGGGAUGGCCAGUGUCUUAUCUGUGAUGUCAGUUUUUCUUGCCUUAUUUUUUACGCUUUAAUAGGAUAUUGUACCGAUUGUAAAAUAACGAUGCCUUUUAUUUUUAGACACCAUAACAGCCAAAAUAUCAUGCGCUUUUUUCAACGAGCUUGUGAUCGGUGUUUUUUGUGUGUGUUCAGAAGCGAGUGUCAAGCAGAGGGGAUGCAUUUCUUGUGGUUGGGCUGUGUGGUGUGGAAUCAUUUUGGGAUGGGUAUCCCAAUGCUGACAUCGUAAAUCAGUCAUUAGCAGAGAGCACGUCAAAGCUUGGCGAUACAGUAUAUAAGAGCAAACUCUUUAUUUUAUUUAACCUGGGAAGGACGCAGGAAACCGGGAUGAAUUGAAUUUUCAAGAGUGACCUGGGCCACCAAAAUGACAAGUAACAGCAUAAAACACGAAGUACAGCAAUGAAGCAAAUAUAAAUUGGUGAAAAAACAACCUUUACAGAAAUUGAAAGUGCCAAAACAUAAAUCAUUAAAUUAUUGAAUGUAUGCCAUUGCACUUGAUGAUUCUCCUUUAAGGCCCAAACUAAGUCUAUGGGCAUUAUUGUCAGGUAAGAGAUUUAGUAAUUCAACAAAAAAGCACUGGACUUUGAGAAGGCAGGAACUUCUCCACAGGCCAAUACGAAGACGGCACUGCGCGCCACUUUUCACUGGAACGUGCAUUAAAGUCCGCCAUUCCUUUUUCGUGGCAUGACCUCUAUGUAGUAUGCAUGAUGAACUUAUUUCGCACCGUAUGUAGCGAACUGCUAGUUGGACCUUUUUAAUAGAUAUCGGUGUUUUACACAAGCUAGUUGUAUAUCCAAACUUGAUAUGAAGCUUUCGUGACUGCAGGAAUUACUCUUUGGUUCUUCCGGUAAAGUCGCGUAGAAGGAAAAGAAAUGAAAUACUAGAAUACGACAUUUCGAUUGCAACACAAGCAACCAUCAUCAAGUAGUUUUUUUUUUCUAAGUUUGUUUUCUCAAACGGCCUAUUUCUCUCUCUAAAAUUGUAUUUAAUUUAUUUUCUUUCUACGUGACUUUACCAAAAGAACCAAAGAGUAAUUCCUGCAGUCACGAAAGCUUCAUAUCAAGUUUGAACCACCUCUACGGGGAGGAUGUACGUUUUUUUCUCUCUCUCUGUCAAAUUUCACACUUUAAAUUUUAGCAAUCUUUGGAGAUCGUAAUCAACCAGGCUAUGCGUUAACUGUGUGCUAGCCGACUCUCUGUUGCAUUGCAUUACAUUUCCCCAAAAUUUGCUAAAUUUAGUUUUCUCAAACUGCCUAUUUCUCUCAAAAAUUUACAAGACUCUCAUAGGGUCAUUCGAUCUUUCUCUCCUGAGGUCGCUUCAGGGUGGAUUCAUUGACAUACUAAUUUCUCUGCUCCAGCAGCUGCCCCAGCAGACCCACCUCUCUCUGCCCCCCCCCCCCUCUAUUUAAGGCCUCGACACAGAGGCAUUGGGUCUCUGUGUGUCUAUGUUGUGUCUCUCUCUGCUUGUGUCUGUCUCCGUGUCUGUUUUGUCUCUCUCUC